AUGUCGGACCCUGGUUCCAGGCGGACGGCAAAUAGAGAGAGUAGAGCCAAUAGAGAUGGCAGAGUGGGUAAAAAUGCCAGGGGUCUUGGGGAUAGUAUAGGGGAGACGAGUAGUGGAGCCAGUCCUUUCGAGUCUGUUUAUGUGGAUGUGGCGACGGCUGAUGAUGUUACCCCUGAAAUGGCAGAUGUGAGUAAAAGUGGUGUGUACCCGGUGAUUAUAUCUCCAACACCUACCUCGUUUUCUCCAUUAUUGCCGCAUAUCGACUCGUCUACUACAGCCACAAAUUAUCCGUCGAGGAAUUUUUUGGAUGACUGCCUGCAGAGCCCUUCUCCAAGGAUCCGAUCGAGAUCGGCUUCAUUUUCCAAGCAGAAGGAGGUGGCAGGGAGUGAAAGUUUGUCAGGGGUGGCUAGUCAGGGUAGUAAUGAGACGGGUCAAGGUUUUGGAACCCCUGUUCUGAAUGGAGCGUCGGGAAAUAGUGAUGGUGUUGCCGGUUCGUCAAUUGCAUCAAGUAUGAGCUCGCCAAGCACGCGAAAUUACCAGCAUUAUGCAUCAGUUGAAGCUGACACGGUUCAUAGAAGUAUUCUGGCAUCACGAAGUAUCACACCUCAUAGCCAUGUUUCUAGCAGACGGCCCUCGAUAUCCCUGUCUGGACCGUCUGGACAGAUCAGUAACUCGAAUUGGGCUGCUGAUAAGCUGCUUGAUAUAUUCGAGUACUUUCUUAGCGGCGACAGUGAGAAUGCUGAUGGUUUUGACGGAGGUGUCAAUGGAAGGACUACUGCCAGUGAUAGCGAUGAUGCUGAUGUUGACGAGAAGCAUCAGAAGACUCGGGGAGGAGACAAGAUUCCUCGAACGAAAACCGCGUUCAAACCACAGGCGAUUGCUGUGUCUAGCGUGUCCUCUUUUGUGACGCUUGCUAUUCUUUUCGCGUCUAUAUUGUUCAUUUCAGCGUGUGCAUUUUCUUUUAUAACCAGCAAUCCAGAUACGAAAAUAUGCCGACUGCCUUAUAUGAACGAGUCGUACCGUUCAUUUCCCCAGUUCAACGAGACGUCAACCAGACUCGGGUCUAGGUAUUCGCUGCAUUUAUACAGAGAGCAGAAUAUCGAUCCCAAAGACAAGCUGAAUGGAGUGCCUGUUAUAUUUAUACCUGGAAACGCUGGAAGUUAUCGCCAGGUACGGUCGCUUGCUGCUGAAGCUGCAUACCAGUUUGACUCGCUGAAGAAGAGUCUGCUCGACAAGCCUGAUAAACGGGGUCUCGAUUUUUUCACCACCGACUUUGGCGAAGAUUUGACUGCUUUUCAUGGCCGGUCAUUGCUUGAACAGGCCGAAUACCUAAACGAUGCUAUAGAAUUUAUUCUGUCUCUUUAUGAGACAAAUGUCGUGCCAAAUCGACGAGGACACAAACUCAGUAAUGGCCAUAUGAAUCAGGUGCCUCGUCCAAAAUCCGUGAUACUGAUCGGUCAUUCUAUGGGAGGUAUUGUUGCCAGAACUAUGUUUACACUGUCUAACUACCGACCGGGAUCUAUUAACACCAUCUUGACGUUUGCUGCUCCACAUUCGCUGCCUCCUGUUAGCUCGGAUCCGUAUUUGGUUGAGGUGUAUGAGACUGUGAACAGGUACUGGCGCGAUUCAUUUUCGCAAGACCUCAUUGGUCAAAAUUCAUUGUCGCACGUGUCUGUUGUGUCGAUAGCUGGCGGUACUUUGGAUCAAAUGAUCCCGUCAGACCAUGCCAGUGUUUCAUCGAUGAUUCCUCCCACAAAUGGCAUCACUGUGUUUACCAGUACCAUCCCAUUUGUAUGGUCGGGAAUAGACCAUCAGGCGAUAAUCUGGUGCGACCAGCUUCGAAAAGUGGUUGCUGCUGCCCUGUUGGAUAUAGUAGAUGCUCGCGUGUCCACCAAGACAAAGUCGAUUGGUGAUCGAAUGCAGAUAUUCUCACAGCAUUUCUUGACGGGUCUGGAAAACGAGUCCCACAGUUAUAUCAAACCCACGAUUUCUGAUUUAACGAAAGACGAUGAAGAGUCUACUGUUGUCGAUGAAACAACUCUUGACGAUUCAGAACUGGAACCCGAUACGCUGCUUGCAUUUGACGAUGUCAACCGAGUACUAUUUCCUGACAGACAACAUCUGAGAAUUGAUAUUGGCAGCAGCGCUCGUCAACGACGUCGGUCUUCUUCCGGCAGUAUUUACCAGUUACCGAUUCCGUCUAGCGGCCAGUUUUCCCUGCUCACCGACCAGAAACUUGUUUCACCAACGAAAUUCUCAACUGUGGAUACUGUGGAUAUUGAACAGCUGAAUCAAUACGACAGCCAAGUUGAGCAAGGUGUAUACGUUUUGGCCUGCAGGUAUGCUGUUGAUAAACAAAACAUUGGGGGUUCACUAUUGUCUAUCUUGGAUAUGAGUAAAGCUGGUGCUACGACCAAUUCCGUCACCCUUGUUUGUAAAAAUAUGGCGUCUUUUGCGAAAUAUGUCCCAGUAGCUGAUGCCAGUUACACUAAUACUGAGCUGGCACCACCCGACCCUGAGAAGUACUCGUCUUUUAUUCAUUACAACGCUUCAGACCUGUCCAAUUACGACUUUAUAACGGUUGUUGAUUCGAGCGAUGUGGAUUCACAGGGAUUUCUUGUGGCUGACAUAGAACCCGAAAGAGAAUCACUGUUCAUUGAAGUUGAAGAAUCUAAUCCUUUGUUGUUUGCCCUGAAGGGCAAAUCCGUUAAGAUCUCAAACAGCUCGGUAAUGGUAGACGUGUCUUUCAAAACAGUAUGGAGCAGUCUAUUGGCCUAUCAUCUCACUGUGGGAUAUAACCCCCGUGGUAAAUCGUCGUUAUUCCGACCGUUUUUCCGACAGUAUGUUGAUGAUCCUCAUGAAUCAAAGUUUUAUUUGCAUCUUCUGCCUGAUACAAAAGUCAAUAUCAAUGUUCAUUCCAUUGCACCAUUCUCACCAUUUAAUCACAAGACCGAUGUCGAUUACCAUAACCUCCACUUCCAGGUCUGGUCUGAUAAUUCCAGUACGGGCGAUCUCGAACUGUUACUUGAACUAGAUCCCAUUGCAAGUCUAGGGAAACUUGUCCUUCACUACCGAGUGGCACUGGCUUACUUCCCUGUGUGUAUUACCGCGCUGGUUUUUUUGGUACAGCUUCAUGUCUACAACAUUAGUGGCCUUUUUGUUAGCUUUGGUGAUGGGUUAAGAAUAUUCACUGCCCGAUAUUUAUUAGCGCUUCUGGCUUUUGCUGCCAUUCUGCCGACCUUGAUCACCUUGCCGCUUGUUGACAAGCUGUUCUAUCUUAUCGAGCCGUCAAUGGAUCCGUCUACUGGAGAAGGGCCAGCAAGCGCUUUCUUCCUGGCCAGAAAAAACCAAUUCUUCCUUGGUCUCGAAAGGGGCCAUUUAUGGGUCCUUGGACCAUUAUUUAUUUUAGUAGCAGUUGGCGUAUGUCAUGCCACCUACUGCAUUGUAUUAUUUAUUGUCAACCUCCUUGGGCGUAUCACUGCCCCAGCUAUUACGACUAGUCACGACAGAUGGCUAUACAAACUGUUCAAUACGCUGAGUAUCGUGUUGUUGAUUGUCUCUACAGGUGUGCUAUUCCCGUAUCAGCUGUCAUUUGUCAUCUUAUGUCUCCUCCAAUUGGUAUCGGCCAUCAGCCAGCAAUCUCAUCUUGUACCGGUUUCCAAGAUACAACAACAAGAUCUUAAUCUGCUUCACCUAACUAUAUCUGUUCUGAUAGUUAUGAUUUGGAUCAUGCCGACUAAUCUCACAACGCUGGCUGUUUAUGUUCACAAUCUUCGUCUCAGGUUGGACAUGCCUUUCCACCCUUUUGACAACCUUGUGUCUAUUGUGCCCAUCAUCUUGCUGUGUGAGCGCAUUAAUAGCGGCCAUAUGAUCCCAAGAAUGGCACGGUCUGCCAAACGAAUUCUGACUUACUGUAUGAUUGGCUAUAUCUCUGGCUACUCGCUGAUUUUUGGCAUGCAGCGCAUGUAUUGGAUAUACCACCUGGUGAACUUUUUCGCGGGCUGGCUGUGGGCUGUAUACGCUGAGGUCGAAGACGGCAGUUGA